CUUAACAGGCGGUGCGACCGACCCCACAUCAGCACAGUGCAGGACACUCCCAGCUCGGUCCUGGACACAACGCAGCGUCAUGAGGUGUCCUCCGGACACCGGCUCUGGUCACAGCCCUGCCUGGAAGAAGCUGCUUCUAACAGGUACCCUGCUCGCCUCCUGCACCUGUUCUGCCUCGCCGGAGCUGCCCUUCUCGGCACCCCAGGACUCCUGGACAGAGGGAGCCAGUGCCCACCUACCCGUCCCCUGGCGCCCGGGAGGCCUUCUCGCCACUUCGUGGUUCCGAGGGCGCGAAGCCCAGGCGGCAGCCAUGAUCGUCUCUCCUGAGGGCCUCCCGGGACCCGCUCACACAGGCAGGGAGGCGCUGGGCGCCCAGGGCAGCCUGCUCAUUGCAAAUGUGACCGCCGGAGGCUCGGGCAGCUACACCGUGGUGCUGGAGACCAGCAGGGGACGGAGGAGCGCCACGAAGGAGAUCCGCGUCAGCAACACCCCCAGGCAAGUGCCGCUGCGGACAUACCCCCAAGCCACCAAGGGCAUCAUCUACAGUGACCUCAACUUCUCGGUGAUCCUGGAGUGGGUGGUAACAAUGGACCCCGAGCCCGAGCUGACCUGGACCUUCAACGGGAGGAUCUAUGGCACCGGAGAGAAGCUGUUCAUCCGGCGACUGUCCCGGGAGCAGCUGGGCAUCUACGUGUGCACGGGCCAGAACAGCCAGACGCUGCUGUCCUCGGAGCCUGUGACCAUCUCGCUGCCUCCUGAGCCACAAGUCGACGUGACUCCCACCGCUGCUGAGCCCUUUCAGCCCGACCCUAUCCUGCCCCUGUCCAGAGGUUCAGCCAUCGCACUCAUCGCCGCAGCAACUGUGGGAGGUGUAACGCUGCUCGGAAUCGCCGGCUUUUACUGCAUCAAGCACCUAAGCACUGACUGACAGGCGAGCUGGCAGCGCUCCUGUGAUUUCAGGGAGGUGAAAGGAAAUCCUGGCUCUGGGAACAGGAUGAGGCUCCUGAGCAGGGGGUCCUGCUGGGACCGCCUCCCUCCUGGUUCCGGAUCGUGGUUCAGAGACCCAGGACUGCUCAGCUCUGCCCCUGCCGACUGCCAGCGCCCCACCUGUCUAGCUUAUGGGCUCCUUGAAGGCCACGAAACAGGCAGUCGAUAUGUCUCCAGGGCCGCGAGCAGAAGAAACUCACGGAAGCAGAUCAAGGACAAAAGGCAGGCGCCGGACCCGUGGCCAGUAAUCCCAGCACCUCAGGAGGCUGAGGCAGGAGCAUCGCCAGUUCAAGGCCAGCCUCAGCAACUUAGUGAGGCCCUGAGCAACUCAGCGAGACCCUGUCUCUAAAUAAAAUACAAAAAGGGCUGGGGAUGUGACUCCGUGGUUAAGCACCCCUGGGUUCAAUCCCUGGCACCAGAUAAAAAAGGGGUGGUGGUUAGGAUUGGGGUGCAGCUCAGUGGCAGAGUGCUUGGGCAGCAUGCAUGAGGCCCUGAGUUCCAUUCUCAGCACUGCAAAAUAAAUAAAUAAGCAAAUAAAUAAAUAUAAAUAAAAAUAAAUUUAAAGGAAGACUUUAAUAUUAGGAUCCCAGAGGAUUUUCAAGGAUCCAAGGCAUAUCAGUCAGCAUCUGCUGUGUGACAAAUGACCUCCAAAAUAAAGUAACUUGA